AUGAAUAUUGCUAUUGAUGAGUAUGGUCAACCCUUUGUUAUAUUAAGGGAAGAAGAAAAGAAACGAAUUAAGGGGAUUGAGGCACAUAAGAGUAACAUAUUAGCAGCUAAGGUAGUAGCUGAUAUAUUGAAAAGUUCUAUAGGUCCAAGAGGUAUGGAUAAAAUAAUAGUAAGUGAAGAUAAUAAUGUAACUGUUACAAAUGACGGGGCAACAAUUUUAGAGAAAAUCGAUGUACAACAUGAAUGUGCUAAAUUAUUAGUAGAAUUAUCAAAAAGUCAAGAUAAUGAAAUUGGAGAUGGUACUACAGGAGUAGUUAUUAUAGCAGGUGUAUUAUUAGAAGAAGCUUAUGCUUUAAUCGAUAAAGGAAUACAUCCUUUAAGAAUAGCUGAUGGAUUUGAGAAUGCUUGUAAUAUAGCAUUAAAAGUUAUAGAAGAUAUUGCUUUAACAGUAGAUAUUGAAGAAAAUGAUCAUAAAAUAUUAAAGAAAGUAGCUAAAACAUCCUUAAGUUCUAAAAUAGUAUCUAGUAAAAAAGAUUUAUUAUCAAAUAUUGUUGUGGAUGCCGUUUUAUCAGUGGCAGAUAUGAAAAGAAAAGAUGUUCGUUUUGAUUUAAUAAAAAUAGAAGGUAAAACUGGAGGAUUAUUAGAAGAAUCAACUUUAAUAAAAGGUAUUGUUUUAAAUAAAGAAUUAUCACAUUCUCAAAUGAUUAAAGAAGUUCGUAAUGCAAAAAUUGCAAUUUUAACAUGCCCAUUUGAACCACCUAAACCCAAAAUAAAACAUAAAUUAAAUAUAACUAAUGUAGAUGCAUAUAGAGAUUUACAAGCUAUAGAAAAGAAAUAUUUCUAUGAUAUGGUAGAUUCUCUUAAAAAAGCAGGAGCGAAUUUUGUUAUAUGCCAAUGGGGUUUUGACGAUGAAGCAAAUUAUUUAUUAUUAAAAGAAAAUAUACCAGCUAUCAGAUGGGUUGGAGGUGUUGAAAUGGAAUUAAUAGCUAUUGCUACCGGUGGAAAAAUUAUACCAAGAUUUGAAGAUAUUGAUGAAUCUAAAUUAGGUAAAGCAGAUUUAAUUCGAGAAAUUAGUCAUGGAACUGUAAACAACCCUAUGGUAUAUAUUGAAGGAUGCUCUAAUACAAAAGCAAUAACUAUUUUAUUAAGAGGAGGUAAUCAAAUGAUGAUUGAAGAAUGUGAAAGAAGUGUUCAUGAUGCUCUCUGUUCUGUUCGUAAUUUAAUUAGAGAUAACCGUAUUUUACCAGGUGGAGGUUCAACCGAAAUAUAUGCUGCUCUAGAAAUAGAAAAAGUUGCUGAUAAAUGUAAAGGUAUAGAACAAUAUGCUAUCAGAGCUUUUGGUAAUGCUUUAUUAUCUAUACCUAUCAACUUAUGUAACAAUAUGGGUCUAAAUAGUAUUGAUAUCAUUUCAGAAAUUAAAACCAAAAUUAUUCAAGACAAAACAAAAAAUCUAGGUAUCGAUUGUCUAAAUUAUAAAGUUGGUGAUAUGAUUGAAAGAGGAAUAUUUGAAACUUUUAAUUCCAAAUAUAACCAAUUUUCUUUGGCUACACAAGUUGUUAAAAUGAUAUUAAAAAUUGACGAUGUUAUAGCUCCAAACGACUUCAAUUAA